CAUCAUCCCAUGCGUGACUUCUUUUCGUUCGCGUAGCUUGUGGAAUGCAGCGGCAGCAGCAUCAGCAGCAGCAUCAGUAGCAUCAGCAGCAGCAUCAGUAGCAGCAGCAUCAGCAGCAGCAGCAUCCGCAGCUUCUACCGGGGCUCCAGCCACUAGGGGCAGCUCUACUCGCCACCUGGACUGGAUUCUUUGACCCAUUUUUCCCAUAGGCCACAUGAGAGCCGGCGGCUGCGUAAUCAUCAACUCCAUAAUCACCGCCUCCCGUGACGCCACAAAGACCUCCCACGUGAAUGGAUCCCAUCACGAACCCAGACGGCCCAUCACCAGCAGCGCAACACGAAAGCCAAACGCCGCCGCUUGCAGCCAUGACCGAGGCUUCCCAGUCCCACUCCCACGCCGCGGAGCCUGACCCUCCUGCCUACCCUGGUGCACCGAGCCAGGCAGCCCCGCAAGGCGAGACCGACCCGCCAUUAUCCUGGCCUAACAGCACCGCCGCCGCCGCGACCGCCACCGCCACCGCCGGCGCCACCGCGACCGCCACCGGCGCCGCAAGCUUCGACCCCACGUCCUGUGAACCGGGCCGUGCCAAACGGGAGCUCAACUGCAGCCCGGCCACGACGCAACUUCCCUCCGCCAUGUCGCGCCCGGUGAAUUUUGCCGACCCCCCCGUGCAGAACCAGCAGCCGGGCGUCUGUGCCGGGGAGGGCAGGCCCGGUGACGGUGCUGCUACGGCCACCGCCUCCGCCGGCAGCGCCGCCGCCUCAUCCUCCUGGAAGGCGUCGUCUCGGCGCAAGAAGAAGGGCAGCAUCAUUUCCUGGAAGGAGCCUUCAUCGGGCCGCAGGGAGAGCUGGAGGCACGAGGCUGGGAGCACGGUGAUGAUGGGGGCGCGGGGCAGCGUCACCGUCCUCUCCGGGCUUAUGAACCGCAAAAUGAGCGACGUGGGUGAUGAGAACCAGGCACGUGGGAACUGGUCCAGCAAGCUAGACUUCAUCCUCUCCAUGGUGGGCUACGCUGUGGGGCUUGGGAACGUCUGGCGCUUCCCCUACCUGGCCUUCCGCAACGGGGGCGGUGCGUUCCUCAUCCCGUACCUGCUCAUGCUCGCGCUGGCCGGGGUGCCCAUCUUCUUCCUGGAGGUCGCCAUCGGCCAGUUCGCCAGCCAGGGCCCAGUGUCCGUGUGGAAGGCGAUUCCAGCCCUGCAGGGCUGCGGCAUCGCCAUGCUGAUCAUCUCGGUACUGAUCGCCAUCUACUACAACAUCAUCAUUUGCUACACCCUCUUCUACCUCUUCGCGUCCUUCACCUCGGCGCUGCCCUGGGGCUCCUGCACCAAUGAGUGGAACACCCCCAACUGUCGCGGGCCCCGGCACGAGCAGAUGGACGCGUGUCUCGGCAUCCUGAACCUCACCGGUAGGCCCCUCAACAGCUCGGUGUGCGAGCGCCUGUUCGGCAACGUGUCGCUCGCCAACCGCACGCGGCCGGAGAGCGUCAGCGGCAGCGAGGAGUACUUCAAGUUCUUUGUGCUGAAGAUCUCGGAGGGCAUCGACCGUCCGGGCGAGAUUCGCUGGCACCUAGCGCUGUGCCUGCUGCUCGCCUGGAUCAUCGUCUACCUCUGCCUGGUGCGCGGCAUCAAGACCUCGGGCAAGGUGGUGUACUUUACGGCCACGUUCCCGUACGUGGUGCUCGUGAUUCUGCUGGUGAGAGGGGUCACCCUGCCCGGGGCAUUCGACGGAAUCCUCUACUUCAUCAAGCCCAAAUGGGAGAAGCUCUUCGAGGCCACGGUGUGGAAGGACGCAGCAACUCAGAUCUUCUUCUCGCUGUCGGCCGCUUGGGGAGGACUUAUCACCCUCUCCUCCUACAACAAGUUUCACAACAACGUCUACCGGGACACGCUGAUCGUGACGUGCACCAACAGCGCCACGAGCAUCUUCGCCGGCUUCGUCAUCUUCUCCGUCAUCGGCUUCAUGGCGCACCUCCUCAAGGUGGACAUCCAACAGGUGGCGGACGAAGGGCCUGGCCUGGCCUUCGUGGUCUACCCAGAGGCCCUGACCCACCUGCCCAUCUCCCCACUCUGGGCCAUCCUCUUCUUCCUCAUGCUCCUCACGCUGGGCCUCGACACCAUGUUCGCGACCCUGGAGACCAUCGUGACGUCCGUGGCCGACGAGUUCCCCAAGUACCUGCGCGCGCACAAGCCGCUGUUCACGAUGUGCGCGUGCAUCAUCAUGUUCAUCCUGGGCUUCCCCAUGCUCACCGAGGGAGGUAUCUACAUGCUACAGCUGGUGGACACCUACGCUGCCUCGUACUCCCUCAUCAUCAUCGCCAUCUUUGAGCUCGUCGGCAUCUCCUACAUCUACGGUCUCAACAGGUUCUGUGAAGACAUUGAGAUGAUGAUUGGCUUCCAGCCCAGCUACUUCUGGAGGAUCUGCUGGGCCUUCCUCACACCCACCAUCCUCACCUUCAUCUUGGGAUUCAGCUUCUACCAGUGGACGCCCAUGACGUACGAGGCCUACCACUACCCGCCCUGGUCCAUGGCCAUGGGCUGGCUCAUGGUAGCCAGCUCAGUCAUCUGGAUCCCCAUCAUGUUCGUCGUCAAGAUGUACCUCGCUCCGGGAAGCUUCAUCGAGCGGCUCAAGCUGGUGUGCAUGCCCCAGCCGGACUGGGGGCCCUUCCUGGUGCAGCAUCGUGGCGAGCGCUACCGCCACCAGAUGGACCCUCUGGGCACCUCCUCGCUGGGCCUCAAGCUGCCCCGCAAAGACGUGGAGAUGAGCGCCGACGUCAUGGGCGUCGCCUAGCAAACCCGUCUCACACAAAUCCUCCCCCCCCCCCCUUGCUGCUGAUCCUGCAGUCACCCUUCCCUCCCAACCGCCACCCCCCUCAACCUUAUGUCCGUUGGACCUCCCUUCAGAGUCUUUCAUGGAAGCCCUCGAUGUUUUUCCCCCGUGCACGGGGGAGGGUGGGGGGGGGGGGGGGGCGAAUUCCUCCAUGAGAUUCUAUCUCCAUGAUGUCCUCCUUUAGAUAUCUCCAUGAUGUUGUCCGUGGGAUCAUCUUUUCCAGUCCACGAUGACCCGUAUGACAUCACAUCUUCUCCAUGAUAUACUCCAUGUGUCUCUCUAUGAUGUCUUUCAUGACGUCAUAUUUUCCUGUCCAUGAUGACCUGUAUGACAUCUCCUCUCCGUGACGUCCGAAAUGCAUCUCUCCAUGAUGUCCUCCGUGGGGUCAUCUUUUCCUGUCCAUGAUGACCCGUAUGACAUCACAUCUUCUCCAUGUCCUCCUUUAGAUCUCUCCAUGAUGUCGUCCAUGGGAUAAUCUUUUCCUGUCCAUGAAGACUUGUAUGACAUCUUCUCCAUUAUGUCCUCCAUGCAACUCUCCAUGAUCUCCUCCAUGACAUCAUCUUUUUCUGUCCAUGAUGACACUUAUGACAUCACAUCUUCUGCGUCAUGUCCUCCAUGCACCUCUCCAUGGUGCACAAUGUUUCUCCAUGAGACCUCCUCAUUAGAAUUCUCCACGAUUUCCUCCUAGAAAUGUAUCCAUGAGACCUCUUGUCCUCCCCAUGAUGUCCUCCAUGAGUUAUUAUCUCCAUGAUGUCCUCCAUGAGAUCGUAUCUCCACGAUAUCAUCCAUGACGUCUUAUCUUCAUGAUGUCCUCCAUGAGAUCUUAUCUCCACGAUGUCCUCCAUGUGAUCUUAUCUCCACGAUGUCCUCCAUGAGAUCUUAUCUCCACGAUGUCCUCCAUGAGAUCGUAUCUCCAUGAUGUCCUCCAUAAGAUCUUAUCUCCAUGAUGUCCUCCAUGAGAUCUUAUCUCCAUGAUGUCCUCCAUGAGAUCUUAUCUCCACGAUGUCCUCCAUAAGGUCUUAUCUCCACGAUGUCCUCCAUAAGAUCUUAUCUUCAUGAUGUCCUCCAUGAGAUCAUAUCUCCAUGAUGUCCUCCAUGAGAUCUUAUCUCCACGAUGUCCUCCAUGUGAUCUUAUCUCCACGAUGUCCUCCAUGAGAUCUUAUCUCCAUGAUGUCCUCCAUGAGAUCUUAUCUUCAUGAUGUCCUCCAUGAGAUCUUAUCUUCAUGAUGUCCUCCAUGAGAUCAUAUCUCCAUGAUGUCCUCCAUGAGAUCUUAUCUCCACGAUGUCCUCCAUGAGAUCUUAUUUCCAUGAUGUCCUCCAUGAGAUCUUAUCUUCAUGAUGUCCUCCAUGAGAUCUUAUCUUCAUGAUGUCCUCCAUGAGAUCAUAUCUCCAUGAUGUCCUCCAUGAGAUCUUAUCUCCACGAUGUCCUCCAUGAGAUCUUAUCUCCACGAUGUCCUCCAUGUGAUCUUAUCUUCAUGAUGUUCUCCAUGAGAUCUUAUCUCCAUGAUGUCCUCAAUUAGAUCGUAUCUCCACGAUGUCCUCCAUGUGAUUUUAUCUUCAUGAUGUCCUCCAUAAGAUCUUAUCUCCACGAUGUCCUCCAUGAGAUCUUAUCUCCAUGAUGUCCUCCAUGAUAUCUUAUCUCCAUGAUGUCCUCCACGAGACCUCUACGUGUCCUCCAUGAGACCCCCUCAACCCUUCUUCUCGACACCUCAUUACCCCAUGUGAAACUGAACUAUUUCCUGAAAAUGGAAGCUGAUCGUGAUGAGAGGCAGAAGAUGAGAAAACAUAUCCAACACUGAUCACGGAAAAAUGUUGCGUCUUCCACUACACGGACAAUUAGAGAGACAGACAGACAAUAGGAGACACAGACAUACAUACAGACAGAGAGACUGCAAGAUACAGACACAGGCAGACAGAGAUAGAGGACAGAUAUAGAUACAUGGUCUGAAGUACAGAUAUAGACAGACUUACAGAGAGACAUACACACAGACAGACAUGGAGACAGACAUUCAGAGACAGACAGAAUCAGAAUAUUCACACUGGAGGAAUUCUAUUAUAUAUGAAGCUCUUUCUCACAGAUGUCCAGUAGAGACGCAGACACACAGAGACAGAUUUUACUGCAAGACAAGGCAUACACAGUCAGACAAUACAGACUUGCCAAAAAA